AAUCCCUUUCUCAACUCAUCAAUAAUAUUAAUCACUCAUCACCACCCAACCCCAUCAAAUCCAAAAAAAUCAAAUUACAUUAUGGAUUACUCCAUAUUUGGAAUAAAUUAAUAACAAAUCUAAAAAUGUAUUAAGUGACGAAGACCUCCCACUUACUUAUAAGCAGCAUCAUGUCCACAACCAAAUCUAAACCCAUAUUCUUGUUCUUCAAAACCCCAACUUGUGCCAUGGCCUCCCUCAUUUCCCUUCUCUCCCUCUCCCUCCUACUCUUCUUCACCCUCUCCUCCGCCACGCGCCACCACCACAACAACAACAACCACAAUUCCCACACUCCCUCCACCCCCACACCCACCCCCAUUGCCGCCGUCUCACCCGUAAUCCAACAAGCCUGCAAGGGCACGCGAUUUCCCCAGCAAUGCGAGUCCACUCUCUCCCAAUCCACCACUCUCCCGCCCAACCCAACCUCACUCCAGCUCCUCCAAUCUGCCAUCUCCGCCUCCUCCAACAACCUUAAAACCGCCCAGUCCAUGGUCAAGUCCAUCCUCGACACCUCUUCCGACAGCCGCAACCGCACCGUCGCCGCCACCACAUGCCUCGAGGAACUCGCCAACUCCGACCACCGCCUAUCCCAAGCCAACGAUGCCCUGACACGUGACAAGACCAAGGACGCCCGCGCCUGGCUUACCGCCGCCCUUGUCUACCAGUACGACUGCUGGAAUGGCCUCAAGUACGCCAACGACACAUCCAAGGUCGGCGAAACGAUGUCGUUUAUCGACAACCUCACCCAACUCUCAAGCAACGCGCUCUCCAUGGCCUUCUCCUACGACGCCUACGGGAAAGACCCGGCGACGUGGAAGCCUCCGGCGACAGAGCGUGACGGGUUCUGGGAAGCGACAGGAUCUUCGGGCGGAGGUUCCGUACCAGGGUUCCCGACGGGCCUGAAGCCGGACGCUACGGUGUGCAAGGAUGGCAGCAAUGGGUAUUACAAGACGGUACAGGAAGCGGUCAACGCGGCGCCGAGUAACGGUAACGGCGGAAAGAGGUUCGUGAUAUACAUUAAGGAAGGGGUAUAUGAAGAGACCGUUAGAGUUCCGUUAGAGAAGACGAAUUUGGUGUUCUUGGGCGACGGCAUGGGGAAAACGGUAAUUACUGGCUCUGCUAACGCUGGCCAGCCCGGCAUGACCACUUACAACUCUGCUACAGUCGCGGUUCUUGGGGAUGGGUUCAUGGCGAAGGAUCUCACAAUACAGAACACUGCUGGGCCUGAUGCUCACCAAGCAGUGGCCUUCAGACUAGACAGCGAUCUCUCAAUCAUUGAGAACUGUGAAUUCAUAGGCAACCAAGACACUCUCUAUGCUCAUUCCCUGCGCCAGUUCUACAAAUCGUGCCGGAUUAUCGGGAACGUAGAUUUCAUCUUCGGCAACUCGGCCGCCAUCUUCCAAGACAGCCAAGUCUUGGUGGCUCCAAGGCAAGUGAAGCCAGAGAAGGGGGAGAACAACGCUGUGACGGCACACGGCAGGACAGAUCCUGCACAGUCAACCGGGUUUGUGUUCCAGAACUGCCUGAUCAAUGGCACCGAGGAAUACAUGAAGUUGUAUAAUAGCAAUCCCAAAGUGCAUAAGAACUACUUGGGUAGGCCUUGGAAAGAGUACUCUAGAACAGUUUUCCUGAAUUGCUUCUUGGAAGCAUUGAUCACACCCCAGGGUUGGAUGCCAUGGACUGGUGACUUUGCUCUCAAGACACUCUACUAUGGAGAAUUUGAGAAUAAGGGACCUGGUUCUGAUUUGUCUCAGAGGGUAUCCUGGAGUAGCAAGGUCCCCUCGGAGCAUGUUUUUGCUUAUUCAGUGCAGAAUUUCAUCCAAGGAGAUGAGUAUAUUCAAUAAGGAGCCAACACUCCUAAAUUGUAAUUUAAUAAUUAGCUUGUUACUUCAUAUAUAAACUAUUACAACACAAUAACGAAAUAUAGUUUUAUUUGGCCGGUCCCUACA